AUGCGAAAUGUUUUACGUUUACGAAGCGCAAAUGAUAUUAUUUACGUUGAUGAAAAGGAUUUAUCUUCUAUUGGCAUGACUAGACCCGAACAAAAGCGAUUGAAGGCAUCUUAUUUGCAAAUGUAUCCCAAGGAAACAAUUAUUGAUCGAUUCAAGAAAAUUUUGGGAAAAAGUGAUGUUAAAAAGAAGGAAUACUUGCCAGAUGAUCAAGAACAACAUGUCAUACCUGUGGAAAGGAUUACUUUAUGUAAAGAAUUAGGGAAAGGGGAAUUCGGGUCCGUUUUUCAAGCAGCUUGGAAUAAUAGUACUGGAUCUGGAAUCGAAAGAAUACAAGUUGCUGUUGCCGUAAAAUGCGUUCCAUCAGAAAAACUUUUGGCAGGUCGUUCAAAUUUUUUGCAAGAAGCAGCUAUAAUGCAUAGAAUGCGACAUGAAUGCAUUGUUCGAUUAUACGGAGUUGUUUUAGAUAUCAAAGCUGUGAUGCUUGUAUCUGAAUUAGCUCCAUGUGGAUCACUUCUAUCGUGUUUGCAAAAUAUUGCUCUUAGAGAGUCUUUAUCCGUUGAUAAACUAUUUGAAUACGCUUUACAAAUUGCCACUGGUAUGGAGUACCUGUCAAAUCAACGGUUAAUUCAUCGUGACCUUGCUGCUCGAAACGUUCUUGUUUUUUCUAUCAAUAGGGUAAAAAUAUCAGAUUUUGGAUUGAGUCGCUCACUUGGAAUGAGUGAGGAUUAUUAUAGAAGUGAUUUUUCUGAAAAUCUUAAAUUGCCAAUCGCUUGGUGCGCCCCUGAAUCAAUUAAUUUUCUUAGAUUUACAUCCGCAAGUGAUGUUUGGUCAUAUGGAGUAACACUUUUUGAAAUAUUUUCUUAUGGUCAAGUGCCUUGGAUAGGCCUUACAGGCGCUCAAGUCUUGUCAGCAAUUGAUUAUCCUCAUCAACAACGUUUAGAAUGCCCAGAUAAUUGUCCAGUGGACAUCUAUAAAUUAAUGCUGCAGUGCUGGACACAUAAUCCUAAUGAAAGGCCAACUUUUUCUAAAGUUGUUAACUCUUUGCCCGAUCUACAACCCCAAAUUCUAACGACGGUUUGCUCAUGUAAAGAUGGUGUAAUUGAUCAUUUACAAUAUAAUAAGAACGAAACAAUAGUCGUGUUGGAUAAAACUCCACCAGCUUAUCCGGAUGGAUAUUAUUGGCGUGGCUGCGUGAAAAAUGGGAAAACUGGUCUUUUUAGACCAGACGAAACUGUCGCUAAACUUGAUGCAGAAAAUCCAAGCCUCAAAUACAGUCGUGAUUCUCUUUUAACACCUCCUCUUAUCGCUGAUGAACAACAUUGUGUCGAGAAAGAGAAAAGUAAAGGCAAAGUUAAGCGGCAGAAGUUAAUGAUUAGUGAACCUCAAGGAAAUUUAAGGCAUAUGUGCCAUAUUGGUGUGGAUGGAACAUGUUUUGGUUCUUUGCAAGUGAGUAGAUAA